CUCAAACACACACACACAUGUAUAUAUAUAUCUAUAUAUCUAUAUAUCUGUAUCUAUAUAUCUAUAUAUAUAUCUAUAUAUGUGUGUGUGUGUGUGUGUGUGUGUGUGUAGAAUAUUCAUCUAUAUAUAUCCAUAAAUUAUUUCGUAGCUAAAAUGCAUUUAUGCUCAUGUGCGCCCGUAAUUGUUGACAUAUUUAAUCAAACGUAUAUUACAUAUGUAUAUACGAAUGCAACGCAAAUGAAAGUUAUCUCUUAAUUUCUAUCUGUUAAAUCUGUAAUGGAAAUUGCGGUACAACACUAUUUGAAGUCUCAAUAUAUAUUUGAAAUUUGGUUGUAGGUCUUGCUAUUCUGUCAGUCGCACAGCCUAACGCUCAGACUAAACUAAAGGUUGCCACUUGUACAAUAUUAGCGGAUCUGAAACUCACUAAACGCUUUCAAUCAUAUUUCACGCGGUGGUAUGCGGUUGUAUACUUACAGUCUAUUCAUAUUAUAUUGAUGAAAAUCGUUCCGCUUUGUCGUCCCGAAAGCAACACGGUAUUUUCAUAAUUUUUACAAGAGCCUGGCACACUAACUAUAUUUUACGUAUUUCUACAAUAGCAAUUACAAUUCGUCAACCCGUUCAAUCUAUACUUCAACUUGAAUUUGAUCCUCAACGGACAAGUAUGGCGAUUGAUCACCACAUUCCUGUAUUUCGGGAAUUUAGGUCUUGACUUCCUCUUCCAUAUGUUUUUUCUGGUACGGUAUUGUCGCUUACUUGAGGAGGGCUCGUUCAGGGGCAGACCGGCAGAUUUCUUCUUCAUGUUGCUUUUUGGGGCUUUCCAGAUUAUUUUGAUCGCCCCGCUGACUAACGUGUUCUUCCUGGGCUACGCGCUGACCUUCAUGCUCGUCUAUGUCUGGGGGAGACGCAAUCUGCACGCGCGAAUGUCCUUUCUAGGCAUCUUCACAUUCACGGCACCGUACUUGCCCUGGGUGCUUCUUGGCUUUAGUCUGAUGCUGGGGCACUCUCCUGUCAUCGAUCUCAUGGGGAUGGGCGUUGGACACGUUUACUACUACCUAGAAGAUUUCUACCCAGCUCUAAGUGGGAGGCGUCUAUUGAAAACUCCACAAGUGAUCAAAAUGAUUUUCGAGGAUCAACCCAUGGUGAUCAUUCCGGAGGAUCAAUUGAUUCCCGAUGCUCCUCGACCGGGGGGUUUUGACUGGGGAAGGCCGACUGGGCAGCAGAACUCCGCCGGAGGUGUGGAUACGAUACAAGAGAUACCAAACACUUCAACGACAAAUGGAUCAUCCAGCUCGCAUUCAAAUGCAGACGCAAACGCUGCAGCUUCUGUAUCGGAUGGGGGACUUAGACAGCGGAACGUACCCAAAGACGGUGUCAGUGGCGAAAAUGAUACUAGAAAUUUGUCAAAUGACCCAGCACCUAGUGACGCUAGUAUUCAGGAGAGUAGGAAAGACGACUGAAAGCGAGUGUUAGGAAUCAGAUGGUUGUACGCAACCCAGGGGUUACCUGCAACAAGCACAAGGAUAUGAUAUUCGCAGGCACGCGUGUUAGAAAAUGAUGGAGUAGCGAUUGAGACGUGGUCAAUAAGGUGUGGAAUGGUCCGACUAAGUUGGACUUGAAGCAAGGUCAUGGCAGUUCAUUUGUGGUGUAUCGGUGAUCGCCUGAGCGGGAGAAGGUGACUGACAUAUGCAGUGUGAGAAGUGGAGCCAUGAGGAAGCCUCACCGAUCUUUCUCCACUGUGCUCUCAUUCAGUCAUCAAGCGGAACGGUCAUGUGGGUGAUUCGAUAUUAGUCUACUUCGAUCGAGAUGGCAUUCUAUCAUACAAUCCAUACUGCGAAGGUAACUGUUUAAUUUCAAUUAUAGUGAUUAGAGUGUGCCUGUGCAAUUAUCACAGAGGAGAACGGGGAGCAUGGCACUCUGGGAACAACACGUCUCAGUUCAGUGGCUGGUCAUAAAAUCGCAAGUAGUAAAUGUGCACGCACGGCAUUGAACAUGGUAAUCGGAGAUCGGCGAAGCUUGAUUUGCUCACUCUCGUCUGUGCUUGAAUUGCCGUAUGGCGUUGUAUUGUGAUGUUUCUCCGUCCCGAUCCGGUUCAGAGGAUUCAGGAUUGGCUGCGGUACUUGUACCACCUUUAGAGAAAUGGGAACCUUGUAGCGCAGACAGUGUUUCUGUACCACAUGUAAAUGCAAUGAGGCAGCUGGCUAAGCGUGUGAACCUCUAAUUGGCAUAGGAGAGGAGAGGCAGUGUCAGGAGUGGUCGUCUGAGUAUAUGCUCCCACAGAUCUCAGAAGAGCACUGAACACUGAUAUGGAGUUAUGCAGUGCAUUCUUAUAUCGUACCUAGAAGGAUUGGCGAGAUGGGACAAGGGAUGUUAAAACAACAGCCGGAAGAUAAUGUUAUUUCAUUAGGAAUGUAUUAUGCCAAUGCGGUGGACAUAGCGAUGCUUUCAGUUUACUGAUUCUAUUAGAUGAGUUACAAGUUAAAAAAAACAAUCAUAUCUACAAAACUAGUGAGAAUAUGCUCACGGAUGACACGCGACCAGUCUCAUUUCGGAUUUACAACGAAAGUUUAACGCCUGCUGCUGUAUUGGGCUUUCAUGGCAAAUACAACUCCUGCUGUCAAAGCAAACAAUAUAUUACAUGCCGAUAUCGCAAUGGAAUGCAAUCGCCCAAAAAAUGUCAGGCGCGGCGUUCUAAUUCUGGAACACUAAUCGGGCCGUUACAUACAACAUGAGAUCAAACACUUCAACGUGUUAUCAUAUCACGCUCAUGCGAGAUCGAUCUUACUGGUCAUAUUACGAAGAAAAAUAGUUGCCACACGUGGAACUAGUAUUUUUAUGCAUACAUUUAUUAUUUAACCGGUGAUUAUAAUUUGCUCCACCCUAAUAUUUGUCGUGUUUAUGCUGUCAAUCCUUGCUUUUCCUUCCGGUAUCUUUAUAUCCGAAUACACUCACCUCGGGCGAAGGGUUAGUUCGACGACUGAAACAACAGAGAUUGGUGCAUAAAUUAGUACAAAGACAGUGACUAAUUCAUCAAUAAAGUAAACAGUAUCUCAAAAAGUGCGGAAUAGGAAAAAUAGACGCUCAUCAUGAAAUUAAGAUGGUGACGGUCAUGAUUGAGCUUGUACAUAAUUUAAGGCAGCCAAGAUCAAGCACUUGAG